AUGGAAUUUACCUUACAAGUCUUGUUUUCUCUCGUGGGUUUGAAAAAUCAUAAUUUAUUUUGUUUUUACAUGCUGUUAAUUUCAUGUUUUGCAUACGUAAUUUUAUUUAUAUUCUAUAUAAAUGUUUUUAAAUCAAAUCAGAGCAACGAUAAAAAGAAGUCUCUUUUCCUAAUAAUCAACCAUUUUUUUCAAGUAACGAUUAUAACAAAUAUAUUAGUGGUUAUUGUUUUAAUUUCACUAUCCUCGUCAGCUUGGGUCAAAAUAAAAUUUGACAUUGUUCUCUCUGUUCUCAUAUUUGCAAGUAUAGUUUUCGGCUUUUUCCUGUCAAUUAUUGCUCAAUUAUUUGCUCAUAUAUUAAUAUUUCUUCUAGCUAUUCAAAGAUUCAUUGUCUAUUUCUUUCCGAAAUUUAAUCGUGAAAUGUUAAAAUAUCAUAAAUUUGUCAGGAAACGAGUUAUAUACAUUUAUUUAUUUAUUUGUAUUAAAUAAUUUAUAUAUACUCUUGAAAAUCGCAUGAAACGUUCUGAGAAUUAUACUUUGAAAAACUAUUAUAUAAUUUGCUUUAUCACUUUUCUUGCAAGCACAUUACAUAUCACUGUAUUUAUUUUCACUUGGAAACGAGGAACUGCUCCUCACCAAAAUAACCUACAGAAAUACAUACUUUGGCAGACAAUUUGUGUGGGUUUUUGUUGUGUGUGUGUAAUAAUUUUGAAAUCUGCUGACAUUUUAAUUUUGGAUGAUUUUUUUUUUACCCCUUUUAUGAUUCAAGUUUGCUGUUUGAUGAACAACAGGCAACAAUUGGCAGGUUUGAUUUCUUCGUUCAAGCUUAUGAAGUUAUUUUUAAAAAAAUAG